CUCAAGUCGAUGGACAUUUGAUCUGAAAGCAUGAAUAGAUUUCUUUAUCUGGUAGUAGCGAGAACGUGAAUACUAGGGUUUUAAUAACGGAUUCGACGCCGAGUUCACCGUGCUAUAAAUUAAGACCAUGGUUGCUGGAAAGAUCCGCGAGUUUAAAGAUGUUUGUCUUAUUACAGUAAUGGCCAACGAUGUACAAGAAGAAAGUGAACUAACGCUCAUCGAGGCAGCUGCCAAGGGGCUGGAGGAUCAAGUUCGACGGUUGUUGGAACUAGGAAGUGACGUACACAGACGAAAUAUUUUUGGCAGGACUGCGUUACAGGCGAUGAAUUUCGCGCAUCCGGAAAUUGCCCGGAUGUUAUUACGGCGCGGGGCUGACCCGAACGUCGCAGAUUCGACCGGUAGAGCGCCAAUACACGACGCUGCAGAAGGCGGUUAUGUAAACACGGUACAAGUCUUCGUGGAAUAUGGAGGCGAUCUAACAUUAAGGGAUAAUUGGGGGAAUACUCCGGCGCAUAUAGCUGCCGAUAGUGACAAUUUACAAGCUCUGGAGUUGUUAGUAAAAGGAAGCAACAUUUACAAUCGCAACAAUAGAAAUCAAACAGUUGUAGAUUUGGCAAUAUCAAAACCUCGGGUGUCACAAUUUAUAUCUGAUUAUGCUGAAACUCCCGAGCCACGAAGCCUGAAACACUUGUGUCGCCUAGCCAUCCGAAAAUCUUACGAUGUACGGGUCAAUCAGGUUAAUGUCAGCUGUCGCAGUCUUCCCGCAUCACUAAUCGACUACGUUAUGAUGGGAUAACAGUACAUUGAAU